ACGACAGGCUUGUGUUACCGUUUCUUCUCGGGGUUCUGAAUAGAAACGGCGCAGGUGCCCGCGAGGCGGCUGAGGGAACAGAGGCGCUUUUGCCGGCUCCAGGUCUUCCGUUCUCCCGACGGAGGUUUUGCGGGAUGCCGGACCGCAAGCGCGGCUGGAACCUGUCCUUCUCGGGAUGCGGCUUCUUGGGCAUUUACCACAUCGGCGCCGCCGCCUGCUUGCAAGAGCGCGCCCCGCACCUCGUCCGCGACGCCCAACGGAUCUGCGGCGCCUCGGCGGGGGCCCUGACUGCCGCCGUCCUCGUAGGGGGCGGCUCUUUGGCGGCAGCUUGUGCAGACGUUAUGGAGCUUGCCAAAGAAGCAAGGAGGCGAAAUCUCGGUCCGUUUCACCCUUCGUUCAAUGUGAUGAAGAUAAUGAGAAAUGGAAUCUGCAAAAAUCUUCCAGAGAACACUCAUCAGUUGAUGGCAGGAAGAUUGUGCAUUUCACUUACUCGAGUUUCUGAUGGCAAAAACGUGUUGGCAUCCGACUUUAAUUCUAAAGAAGAAGUUGUUCAGGCUUUACUUUGCAGCUGCUUCCUACCUGUAUACUGUGGCCUUAUUCCUCCUUCAUUUAGAGGGGUGCGCUAUGUGGAUGGAGGAAUUUCUGACAACUUACCUCACUAUAACUCAAAGAAUACCAUCACAAUUUCACCUUUCUCUGGGCAGUGUGACAUUUGUCCUAAAGACAGCUCUGAAAACUUCCAUGAAGUGAAUCUGACCAAUACCAGCAUUCAGUGUACUUUAGGAAACAUGUAUCGUUUGACGCAAAUAUUUUACCCUCCAAAACCCCAGGAACUAGGAGAGAUCUGUGAACAAGGAUAUUCAGAUGCUCUUAGAUUCUUGAAGGAAAACGGUUUACUGCAUGACUCAAUGUCUGUUAUCUUACCUUUACAAAAAGGAGAUAAUGUACAAACCCCAGGUUAUACUGAUAAGAAAACCAUUGCAGAAAAUCAAAGCAAAGAAAAUAGGUUGAAGGAAGAAAUUGUCAUUGACCAACUGAAGUUAGCCUCAUGGCCAUUGGACAAAGCAGUUUUUGACAGUAUACCUCCUAGACUUCGCAGAGCAUUACAGGAGGCUUGUAAGGAGAAACAUGGAUUCUAUGCGCAGCUUUCUAAAUUUCUACCAAUGAGACUGAUGUCCUACAUGGUGUUGCCAUAUACCCUUCCAGUGGAAUCAGCAUAUUUUGUGGCCUUAAGAUUAGUAAAUUGGCUUCCUGAUAUCCCCAGUGAUGUGCAAUGGAUACAAAGACAGGUUUGGCAGAUUGCGGGUGCUGUAUAUUCCAAAGCAAGAGAAAGAUUUCUGAACAAUCCAAGUAAUGAAAGCCAGGUGCUGAUCAGAAAAUGCCAGACAGCACCACUGAAUAUGGGUCUUUCCUCUCCUUGUUGCCAUUCUAAAAUGCCUCAUUCUUCUGCGCGCCUCCGAGAACGGUUUUUUGAUCUUCCCUACUGUGCAGAGUCUGCUAGGAAUGAAGUUGAUACAAAUGAAAGCUUUGUGUCCAUUCCCUCUUUUUUCAUGAACUCUGAAGAAUCAGAUGUGGAAGUGGAUUUUGACUCCUUCUCUGAGCAAAGUUUCCAGACUGCCUCAAAAGUCUAGCUUGAGAACUGCUGUAUCAGACAGAGAAAUCUAAAUUUUGAAGGGGCGUGGAUUCAUGUAACACCUGCCAACCAGUCCUCUGUUUACAAUGAAUAACAAAUUGCCUCAGGUAAACUCUUUUGGCAAGAAUAGUGCCUCUUGUUCAGCUUCCUGAUGGAUUAAAAGACAGACUUGAAAGGAGGACCUCAGUGCAAUAUAACAGUGCUUACCAAACAAGAUCCCCACUAGGAAAAAUGAUCAGAUAAUGACUUUUAAAAAUAUAUAUUGGGGCAAAUGUGUAGCAAAACAGAAUUUUUAAAACUUUUAAACAACAGUCAUUUUCUACUUGCCUUUAUAAACAGUGUUUAGCACUUGAGCAAAACAAACAUCUGUACUUAACGAAAAGGACGUGGCAUAUAAGCCUUUAAUGCUUGUAUUAGCCUUACAUGUAAAUGUAAUCUUUGUGGGACGUGUUAGUGUCUUGGUCACACAUACUAUUGGCGAAUCUUCUUUUUCCCCCCUGAAGCCUAUCUAAAAAUAAUGUGUUUCAACGAGCUUUUUCUUUGAUGUAAAAAUAUCUCAGAAAUUGUUAGUAUUUCAGUACUUACAUGCUGUGGCAUACCAAGACAUCCUUAAGAACAUUCUUAAACAACGCUUUGCUUCAAAUAUUUUAGAAGAAAGCGUAAGUUCAGGACUUUUCCUGCGAAGAUGGUACAGGUGUGACAAAGGAACCUGACUGCAGAUGUCAUAUAGAGAUAACAGUUUGAUUUCAUUCAACUUCAUAAAUAGUAGGGAGUUUCCAUGUGAUUUGGAGUUUGCAGAACUGGAAAAGAAUCUAAUGAGUGAAAAGGGAUUUCAGUAGCAGCGUCCUAAGCGAGCACGACACGGAAACCUGAAGAUCAAGAACAUCUGAAAAAAAUAAUAACUUGCACAGUUCCGAGGUAAUUUGCUAAAAUAAUUCUGUAACAGGUAUCACUGAAUACAAGCAGUUUUCAGCUCAGUCUUUACUGAGAAAAAUGUACCAAAGUCAUUUAGAAUAAGGCCUUCAAGUUUCCAAUGACAUCAGAAGGUGACAUCUGUGUAGAUCGUAAAUAAAGCUGCUUCUCAAGUGGCUUGCAUAUUUAGCAGCAUGCUUUGGGAUGGCAACCCAGUUUCUCAGAGCUACUUGACACCUUGUAUAGUAGUAGCACCUCACUUCAUAGUAUUACUACUUAAAGUGAUCAGGACACUCCUUCACUAGAGCAGAUUCAUAUUUACUUUUUAGAAACACUUACAAAAUAGUUUUCAUUGUGUUUCAAACAGGUCUUGUUAGCAGGUAAGCCCUCCUCACUCCCCCUGUCCCUGGGCAUUCUAGUCGGCAGAACUAGGCUGAGCUGUUGGAAUUUAAGAAUAAAAUAAUUCUUUCCUCUUCAUACUGACCUCAGGGCUAAAGAAAAGUGGAAUUUGACCGAGGGCGAGAUUUCUUUUAUUAGGAAUGAGGUGCAAUACAGGUUGGCAAAUAUCAAAGCUUUUGUAAGUUCUGUUUGGAUUGUACUAUUUUGUUUGGAUUGUACUAUUAUGCCAUUUUCAUUUUCAGCUAUGGGCAGAUUUCAUUUACCAAAUAAUAAGCAGAUCCUCAGUUGUGACUAAAUAAGCAAAAAAGUGUGUUUUGUUUCAGUACAAUAAUCAGUCUGCUUUAAAUUGUUGAUAAAAGUUUCCCCAGAUAUUGUUUAAUUGACUUAUUUAUAUUCUUGUUGGUGCUGUUGAACUUACUGUCUCUGACCUACACGUCUUAAAAAUAUCGAUUUUAUUUCCAAAAUGACUUGCUAAACAUAUUGUUAUAUGGUGAAGCAAAAUAAAAGACAGAACAUUUCUGCGUUUAUAAUAUCAAA